AUGGCCGCGCCAACGCCGACCAUCCCCUCCCUCAAAGAAUCCUUCAUCACGGCACAGACAAACCUCCUCUCACAACCGCUCGCGCCAUCACGCAUAUGGCGCCGCAACAACAACGCGUCAAGCCAGCCGAUCCCGACGCGCGUCCUCGACGACGCCCUCUUCAACCUCAACCAGACGAUCCAGCUGCACUGCCGACGCGUGUACCCGCCCCAAGCAACCUACAACGUUGCCGAACAGAUAAGCAAUUCGUAUGCGAGGGAUGCCGAGGAAAGGGUCAGCAAGCUCAAGGAGUCGGAGAGCAGCAUCGGGCGGGAACUGGACUUGGGCAAGUUUCUCCGCCUGCACUGGGUUGACGGAGGAUCGUAUCUCGACAAGUACCCCGAGCAUGCAGAAGACUAUGAGGCCAUUGUCCUCCGCUUGACCCAACUAUCCGAGGAGCGGAAGCAGAUACGACUGCGGGUCGAACAGCUGCGUCGCAUCGAAGCGGCCGUGAAGCCGUUGGCUACAACUGACGAGGCCAGCAUCCAGACCAAUUUAGUUACGCGUGACGGGCCCGUGGAAAAGGAGCUGGAGAAAAUGAGACUUUUGCUUGCACGCGUGACGAGCCGCGUGGCUGCUUUGCCGGAUUCUCCUGCCGACAAUCGUUCAGGAUCGAGAACCAGCUCGGUCGUGGACUUGGGUGGAAUGACAAAGUCGAGGAAGAGGAAUAUCGACAGUUUUCUCGCGGACCCCCGCGUCUUUCCAUCAUGA